AUAGAAACGCAGCGGUGCAGUUGAAGUGUCACCUUCCUUUAAAUAUCCAGCUUAAUAUUCGAUAUUUAAUAACAUUAUACUGCCUUCAGAAUUAACCAGUAUCCAUGUCUUCAUCUUCCUCCAAUUCGGAUAAAGAAGAACAAGACCUACUAACAACAGCAAUCGGAAACUUUGGAAGAUGGCAGCUGAAAAUAUCAUUAUUGAUGGCGUUAUUGAAAUUUCCUAUAGCAUGGUUCACACUAAGUAUUGUGUUCCUAGCACCACCGACGAACUUCUGGUGCAAGCAGCUACCCCAAUAUGCUUACAUGGACGAUGAAACAUGGAAAAAUUAUUCGAUACCUAGCAACAGUACACCAAAGCAGGAGGGAUUAAAUUCUGGAUAUUGCUUAAUGAAUGAUUUAACUGGUAACGAAAUGACAGUCCCAUGCCAAAAUGGAUUCAGCUAUAACAAGUCGGUCUUCGUUAAAACAAUUAUAUCGGAGUGGAACCUAGUAUGUGGACGACAACGUUUGAUAGACUUAUCGCAAAUAUCUCUGAUGAUUGGAAUACUCACAGGUAAUUUACUUUUUGGGGUACUAGCAGACAGGCAUGGACGAAAAACUGUACUAAUGGUAUGUAUUUUCCUCCAAUCACUCUUUGGCAUUCUAGCAUCUUGGAUACCAUGGUACUGGGGAUUCAUCAUCAGCAGGUUCCUUCUAGCCAUUUCCAAUGGAGGCACAAUAGUGACGUCAUUCGUGAUGUGCAUGGAAAUAGUAGGCGGAAAAUGGAGAACUAUAGUGCCUAUAUUAUAUCAGAUACCAUUUGGCUUUGGAAAUUCAAUAAUGGCUGGAGUAGCAUAUUUCCUCAGGGAUUGGAGAUAUUUUCAUUUCACAUUGUCAGUUUUGGCAUGUAUCUAUAUCGUUUAUAUUUGGUGUAUUCCUGAAUCACCGAGGUGGUUGAUAGCAGCAGGCAGAAAAGAGGAGGCAAUUACCAUACUCCGUAGAGCUGCAUCGGUGAACAGAAUAGAUCCGAGAAUUAUUGAAACUUCCAUGAUUGAAAUAUCCAAUUCGACAAAAUCAAACAAAGAAGCUACAAACUCUUCGCUUGCUGCUUUGUUCAGCACACCAAAAUUGAGGAAACGGAGCAUCAUCUUAUACACCAACUGGGGCUUAACAGGCAUUACCUUCUACGCUUUUUCUCAAUAUAUCGGACACGUCAGCACGAAUAUCUUUCUCACCGUGUCGACAGGUGGUUUGAUAGCGUUUCCCGGGACAAUUUUAUGCAUCUACCUGAUUAGUAGAUACGGAAGGAAAUACACUAUAUCCACUUCUUACUUCAUUCUUGCUGGUUGCUGUUUGGGAAUACUGUUCAUACCAAAAGGAAAGUUUCCGUACGACUGGCCUAGAGUCGGUUUGGCAGCUCUUGGAAUUGUCGGAAAAUCGGUAUCAGUUCCCGCUCUAUAUCUCUUCACUGGAGAGCUCUAUCCUACUAUCCUGAGAAACGCUGGGGUAGGGGUAUCAGUGAUGUUUUCGCGUCUAGGCUCAAUGAUAGCACCUUUGAUCAUUUCCUUAGAGGAACUGUCUCCAUUUCUUCCUCUCUUGGUGCUCGCGAUAGCUUCAAUUGCAGAAGCAAUUCUUGUACUACCUUUGCCAGAAACUAAAGGAGCUAAACUACCGGAAACUAUUGACGAUUUGGAUGACCCAAAAAGUGAAGUGGAAGAAAAGAAGGGUGAAUACAGAUCUGUAUCUAAGGAUUGAAAUGUGGUAGUGAAUGUCAAUAUUAAACCGCAGGUGGCAUCUUGAUGUCGGUGAAUAAGCGCACAGUUGAUUUGUAUACACAACUGUACCAAAUGGCUUGGAUAGAGGUACAACAGAUGUAGGUCUCUGAUUAUCUCACGUUGCGUUUUAAACUAGAUUUAUGCACUGCAAUGACAAAAAUCAACGAUCUGUUUUGACUGACCUGUAUCCUAAAUUCGCAUGUUUUCAGAAAUACCUGGAUUAUAAAUAUUCGAUCUGGGAAUGUAGUCACCUUGCGCAUCAAUCAUAUCUACCCCAGCGGACAUAAGUAAAUGUUUUAUUGUACAAGGCCGUGUACAAAACAACAUUUAUCUGGAUACGUUGUUUUUUAUCUCGCAGUCAGAAAUGAAAUUAAUUUCUCUCAUUAGAGUUGUCAAGAACAUGAAAAUUAUUUCACAUUAGUUUACUGACGAAAAAGGAGAUUUACACCACUUUAUGAACUAAAGUUAUUCAAAUGGAAAUUAAAACAACGCGAGAAUUGCAUUGAAAAUUACCCGUCGCCAUAUGACUUCAAAAUGGGUAUUAGAGGAGGGAGCUCAAAAUCAGAUUGUUCAGAUUAUUUAAUUGAAAAAAAAAAACAUGCCACAUUUACUUUGUACUUAAUGAUAAUAUUUCACAGUUAUAAAUUAUAAUUAAAUUAAAUUGUGCAAUUUAAACUAAGAACUUGUUUAUAAGAUAAAAUCGCAAUCAAACCUGUAUCUAUAUGGGCC